UUUCUCCUUUCAUUUGCAUUGUGGGUGGAGAAGGGGGCUGGCGCAGCAUCUCGGCGCAACAGUGCCAGCCGGAGCCUGUGUAGAAGAGAGACAGAGCGCAAUGCGUGAAUCUCGGCCAAGAACUGGGAGACAGUGGAAUUACCGUUUCGGCCACCAUAUUUUGUCAUAUUAGUAAACUUAUUUUUUUCGUAUGAUUCCGAAAUGGAAGCUACGUUGCUAAAGCCGCAAAUGAUGGGGGACGUCAGUUGCAACAAUGGUGCGGUGAAUGCGGAGCUGGAGGUGAAAAAGCUGCAGGAGUUGGUCAGGAAACUGGAGAAGCAGAAUGAGCAACUGAGACACCGGGCCAACGCUGUCAGCAGCUGCACGGUGAGCCCGCAUAUGCUGCAGCCUUCGCCGGCCUGCUUGCUCGGCAGCCAUGGAGGCGGGGGAGUCGUGAGUCCCGUUUUCACGGCGAGUUACUGCAUUCCCAGCCCCGUACCCGCACUGCUUUGCCCGACAGCAAUUGCGUCCUAUUGCCCUUCCGAAGAGCAGUUUCUCUUCUUCAGUCCGCAUCCUGCACCUGAAUGCAGCGGCUCCAGCGAGCCCACUCUUCUGGACGAAGUGGAAAUAUUAGACCUAAGUGACGGCGAGGAGGACGAGGAAACCUGGUUAUAUGUUUUACCAAAGUCAAAAUUUGCACCACAAAAAAGGAGCCUUAACCCUUUACAGUGGUGCAGGCAAGUGCUGGAUAACUUGCCAUCUGAUGUAGAAGCUGCCAAAAGAUCCCUCUGCUUGAGGCUUGAGCAAGCAAAUCGGUGGAGGAGUCUCUUUCCCAGUCCUGUAUCUCCAGGUUUUUCUUAUAGUCCUGCAUCAGGAAUCAACUCUUACAGCAGUGGUUUUCAGCCUUCCAGCCUCUUUAAAAGCUCUACUAAACAAUUGCUAAAUGAAAAAAGAGCACCGUUGUUUUCAACAAGUCAGUCGCCUCAUCCAUUAACAAGGAUUCCUUCAGGAAAGAAUGGUUCUGAUGGCGCUGCAGACUCCCCAUCCUCUCCCAGGUUGCAAACACUGAGAAGUUUUACAAGCAGAAAUCUUCCUAUUAGUCCACAGUCUUCAAUUGACAGUGAACUGAGCACUUCAGAGUUUGACGAUGAUUCGGUUGCUAUGGGUUAUAAACUGCAAGACCUUACAGAUGUUCAAAUAAUGGCUCGGCUUCAGGAAGAAAGCCUUCGUCAGGACUAUGCUUCCACCUCUGCUUCUGUAGCACGGCGCAGUUCCAGCUUCUCUUCUUUUCAUCCGGUGAGGAAAGCAGGAAGUAGUGACCUUGAAUAUGAUCAGUGCAGUUUAGACGAUGAAGAAGAAUAUGAUCAUCUUCCACCUCCACAACCUAGGCUUACACGCUGUACUCCUCUUCAGAGAGGACUUUCACAUUCACAGACUUUUUCUAGUUUCCGAGACUGCAGAAGAAGUCCAAGUUCUCAGUAUGUUAAUACAUAUGGAACACAUCAGUAUUCCUCUCCACCUCCACCAGCUUACACUCCUGAAUCACAGCAGAGUUACAAAGCAAAUCCAGGAUCUCCAGCUUGGAUGCAAGCAGAUUAUGAGAAUAAACUUCGACGUAGCAUGCCAAAUCUAGCUCGGGUGCCAAGUACAACUACCCACACAAGCUCUCUGUCCACAGUGCGGAAUAGUCAAAGCUUUGAUUCCAAUCUUCAGGGGGCCUCAACUGGUCCCUCGAGGCUUCAGUCUUCAAUUCCUUCUCCAGGUCAGCUGCAACACAGAAUCCACAGUGUAGGAAACUUCCCUCUAUCUCCUAAGCAGCCACUUAAAGCUACAGCCUAUGUUAGUCCAACAGUUCAAGGUACAACAGGAAUGGUUACUUCAGUGAGCCUGCAUUCUAUGCCCAGCAGUGGUAUUCCUCUUCCAAGCAAACCAGUGACACCAACUACUCCAGGACGCAGUGGCCUACCUAGGCCAGCAUCAGCAGUUGGUGGAAGCAGUAUACCAAGAAGUAAAAUAGCACAACCGGUUCGAAGUUUACUUCAAGCACCGAAAACAUUAAGUACCCUUAGCUCUGUUCGAGAUGGCAGCUGGCGUGAUGGUUGUUACUGAUGCCGUUUCCAGUACAGAGGAUAUCUUGAUGAUGCUCAGUGCCCAGCUGGCUGGGUAUUUACUCUACUGUACCACAAAGUGUUCUUCAGGUUGUGAGUAGAUUUGGGACCGGUUUCUAUAAUGAAUUCUGUUGAACUGAUGUAAAAACUCCACACUUAACUGUACGAAGUGCAAUAAUGCCAAUCCACAGAUGCAGUUUGUUUAAUCUUUACAAGAGCAGUAUUUUAGCCAAAAGAUUGUCAUUUUUAAACCAUUUACAGGGAGAACACAAGGUAAUAGUUGACUAAGGUUUUUUUAAAAAAAAUAAAAUAAAAUAAAAUAAUUUAGAGAAAAGAAUGGCU